AUGUACAAUCCAUUGAGAUCAUCGCGCGUUCUACAAAGGGCGUUGUCCAGCACUGUAGCCAGCACGGUGCAGGCAAGAUCAUUGGCAACAGUGGCACCAAACGUCCCAUUGCAACCUACAGCAAAAGCCCAUAGAGUGGUCGUAAUUGGUGGAGGAGCUGCCGGACUUUCGGUCAGCCAUAUGCUCUUACGAAGUGGCAAAUUCGCGGCUGCCGAAAUAGCAAUUGUUGAUCCGGCGGGAUACCACCACUAUCAACCGGGAUGGACUCUGGUGGGUGGUGGACUCAAAACAAAGGAGCAACUACAAAGGCCACUAGAAUCUCUCGUUGAUCCAAAUCUGAGGCUCUAUCAAGAAGCAGUCGCCGGCCUUCAGCCCGAACAAAAUACGAUCACUUUGAGCAACGGAGACGCGCUCAGUUAUGAUCAUCUGGUCAUCGCGCCUGGUGUCAAAAUCGACCUCAACUCCAUUGACGGCCUACAGGAUGCGCUCAUGGAUCCAACAUCUCUAGUUUGCAGCAUCUACACUUACGAAACUUGCGACAAAGUGUUUCGGUCCAUACAAAAACUGAAGAAGGGCAAGGCCAUAUUCACCCAGCCAGCUGGAUUAAUCAAAUGUGCAGGUGCACCACAAAAGAUCAUGUGGCUGGCUCUCGAUCACUGGGAAAAGCAGAGCAUUUAUCAAUCAAGCCAAACUGCUCAUUCUCCAGUAAAGAUCAGUUUCGCCACUGGCCUGCCAGUGAUGUUCGGUGUGCCGAAGUACAGUCGGGCGUUGAAUAAGUUAAGAGAACAACGAGGUGUCGAAGCAAUGUUUGAACAUGACUUGGUGUCUAUCAAGGGCAAUCUAGCCAGCUUCAAAAGUCCGCAUUCAAAAGAGCUAGUCGAGAGGCCAUUCGACUUCCUCCAUGUUGCACCAAAAAUGGGUCCACACAAGUUUGUCAGUGACAGUGUUCUUUCCAAUGAGUCGGGUUACGUCAAUAUCAAUACUGAAACCCUCAACCACAAAGAUUACAAGAACGUUUGGGGAAUUGGCGAUGCCGCAGCAUUGCCUACAUCCAAAACAGCUGCCGCCAUUACGGCUCAGGCCCCGGUCUUGGUGUCUAACCUUCUGCAGGCCAUUGGUGGGUUUGAAUUAUCAAACAAGUACGACGGAUACACCUCCUGUCCAUUGACGACUGGGAACGGAAAAGUUAUGUUGGCAGAAUUCAAAUAUGGGCCAGAACCGUACUUCACAUAA